AUGAGUUCAGAUAAUAUCUUUUUAAGGCAAUCACAAUACGAAUUAAGAUAAAAACAGCAAACAACAUUAAAAUAAACAAGAACAGCUUUUAAUGCAUAUUAAAAUUUAUUUUAUUCAUUCUAAAACUUAAAACUUCCUAAAAGUAAUUUAAAAGAUAAUGUCAAUUAAAAAUAUCACAAACAAAAAUUUAAGUUGGAAAAAUAUGUAAAAACCUAAAAGAUAAAGAAUCUUUUUGAGAGAUUUGUUUCUCAGAUUGUCUUCAGAAAUAUUAUGGUAUUUUUAUCUACACAAGAUAUCAUGUAAUUAAGGCUUGUGAGCAUUUUCACUAAUCAUUUAAUAGAGGCUAACAUAGAAUUUCUAUUUUAUAUUAAAAUACAAAGAUAGAAUUAUGUUAAAUCCCUAAAUAUUCAAGACUUCUAGCAACCUGUAAUUCCAAGUUUAAAUAAUAUUUUAAAAUAAUUGAGGAAAUGGAUGUCGCAAAAUGGAAGUAUUCCUCAAAUUCCCUCUCAACUUUUAUCUUAAUUAACCUUACUUGCUGAUUUAUAUACAGAAUCUAAAUCUUAAGGAUAAAAAUAAAAACAAUAUAUAACAAAAUAUGACAUUUUGUAAACUGUUAUUACCUGCCUUCAAUAUUAACCUUUGAAUUGGUAUGGCAUACUUGAAAAGUAAAGAAGAUUGAUAAGGAAUUAUAUGUCUAAAAAUAGGUAUUAAAAUAAUUAGGUAAAUUCAAAGGAGUUCCUGGCUUUAGCAAAAUAUAUAAAGAAUCUAUUUGAUUUUACUACACAACGAGAUUAUAAAGUAAUUUGUGAUGCAUAUAACAAAGAUAAAAUAGUUCUAAAUCUAUAAUAAUAAUAAUAAUUUUUAUAUAAUUUACUCACAAAACAAAGAUCAAAAUCAAAUUAAUUGGAAAAGAUUUCAAAAUUAGGAACUUUAUUUUUUAAAGUUAUACUAUCAUAUUGUUCAUUAGAAGACAUCUAGAAUUCAAGAUAUGUUUGUAAGAAGUUUAAUCAAGAAUUUGAAUAAAAUUCAAAUUUUUAUUACCAGAUUUAAGUUUAAAGAGUUUAAUAAUAAAUCAAAACAAUAGAAAAUAAUUUCAAUUUAUGUUCAAAAUAGGAUGAGCUUUUGUCUAAAACUAAAGAAUAAAACAGUUUGAUGGAACUAUUUUACUGUAUUUAAAAUUAGGUUAAAUUAGUAAAUAAUAUAAGAACUCAAGAUUUCUUAUGUAUUAAUAGUUAGGAGAUAGCUGAUGCUAUUUUUAAAUCUGAAAUUGAUCAUGAGAUUUAUUCAAGAUCUAGAGAUUAUAUAAGAUCAAAAUUAGGAAUGGAUCUUUUAGUGGAAAGUAAUUAUAAAACUUUUUUAAUGAAAUUGGAGAAGCUUAAGGAAUGCUUGAUGGACUAUUAUUUUAAGCUACCUCAGCUUUAGAAAAAGCUGGAAUUUAUAUUGCACCUUUACCAUGAACCAGAAAUCUGA